AAUAAACCUUUACAAAAUGCAACUUCGAGGAAGGAGUGAUUCACCCCUAACUACCUCAUAAAAAUAACACACCAAAGGUUUCCUACUAUCACUACUGGCUAUCAUCAUCAUCAAUUUAAUAUCUCGCUCAAAAACAAAAUCUAAGUAAGAGAGAAUAACGGACAAUUCAUACCCGUACCCCUCCCCAGAUAGAGGGCCAAAAGAUCCUACUACUAUCACUACCCUUUAUAUAUAUCAUCUUCAAUUGUCAUCUACUACAAUUCAUUCAUCAAUAAUUCUCAUUUCUUCCAUUUCCCAUCUUAUCUUCUAUCCCUUUCCAUAAUAAACUAUACUUAGAACAUUCUCAUCCCAAAAAAUGGCUCUAAUUGAUACAAUCCUAGAUUUUGAGGACUAUUUUCCAUCAAUGAUUACAAGAUUAGGGUCACAAGCAUUUCUUAAUGAGUUAUAUAUGGGAUUUCUUCUAUUAAUGGAUGUUGAAAAAGGGGUUAUUACAUUUGAGAGCUUGAAGAAGAACUCAUAUUUGUUGGGUUUACAUGAUUUGGGAGAUGAAGAGAUUUUAUGUAUGCUUAAAGAAGGAGAUAUAGAUGGGGAUGGUGCCCUUAGUCAAAUGGAAUUUUGUAUUCUUAUGUUUAGGUUAAGUCCUGGUCUUAUGGAUGAGUCUAGGCUUUGUAUGAUGGAUUUUGGUGGUGGACUUCCUAUUAUGGCUUAGCUUUGUCUACCAUUUCAUGUUUUUUUUUUUUUUUUUUUUUUUUUUUUUUUUUUUUUUUUGUUAUUAAUCUUUUAUUUAAGUUUAAUUUUAAUGGAUAUGGCUGAAGAAUCUCUAUAAGCAUGGAGAUUGAAGAGGGUGAAUUUAUCUUUUCUGUUGGUAGUGAGAAUUGAACUCUUAUCGUAAGGAUGAUAAAAUAGAAAAUUAUCAUCGGCCAUUAAAUAAACUCAUGAUUUUAUUUUUUAGUAUAAAGUUUAAGGAUAGUAGAAAUGAAAUUAUUUAAGAGUUUUUAACUUUUUAAUUUGUUAGUUUCUAUGCUCAUGUUCAUGCAUAAAUAAAAAUGCAUUUGUAUAUAUUUGUAAUGAGUCUUACUUUAUUUGUAGUGGAAUUUAUAAUUACUCUUGAAAUUAAUCAAAAGUUGAGGUUGAUGAUAAAUUUAUAUAUUACUCCUCAUUAUCAUACGAGUGUAUCAUGCUUAUAGGAAUUAUGUAUCAUGCUUAUAGGAAUUAUGAUUAAGAUCUGGAGAGCAAAGGAAGACGACAACUAAUUAUAACAAUAAAGAAAAGUGCAGCGAAAGAGUCUCUCAACUCGAAAAAGAUCCACACAUAAUAAAUUUAUAUAUUACUACUAUAUUACAUAUGCACCUAUCUAACCUUUUCCCCAUGAUGGUACAACCAUAUGUAUGCAUAUGGAGUAUAAUUUAAGCGAUCCACGACAUUUCAAUGGUCCCAAAUUUUCGUUUGUGUUCAUUGAGCAACUUAAUUAAUUCAUCAUAAAGUUCUCGAUUUCUCUAAUUUUAGCUGAACUUCUCCGUUGGAAUGUUAGUUACUAAGUACACUUAGCUUAUUGAU